AUGAACGGCUACGGCUCUCCCUACCUGUACAUGGGCGGCCCGGUGUCGCAGCCGCCGCGGGCGCCCUUGCAGCGCACGCCCAAGUGCGCGCGCUGCCGCAACCACGGCGUGCUGUCCUGGCUCAAGGGCCACAAACGCUACUGCCGCUUCAAAGACUGCACUUGUGAGAAGUGCAUCCUUAUCAUCGAGCGGCAGCGGGUCAUGGCGGCGCAGGUGGCGCUGCGCAGGCAGCAGGCCAACGAGAGCCUCGAGAGCCUCAUCCCCGACUCGCUGCGCGCCCUGCCGGGACCCCCGCCGCCGGGAGACUCCACCUCUGCCCCGCCGCCGCCGACCUCGCAGCCGUCUCAGCCGCCGCCGCCGCCGCCGCGCCCCGCUGUGGAGUUGGCUGCUGCCGCCGCACUGCGCUGGGCCGCGGAGCCCCAGCCUGAGGCGCUGCAGGCGCAGCUCGCCAAGCCAGAUGUGACUGAAGAACGACUCGGGGACAGCAGCACAGCAGACACCACUGAGACCUUCAGCGACAAAGACACGGACCAGAGGAGCUCCCCGGACGUGGCCAAAAGUAAGGGUUGCUUCACGCCGGAGAGCCCCGAGAUAGUGUCGGUGGACGAAGGGGGGUACGCGGUCCAGAAGAACGGAGGCAGCUCCGAGAGCCGACCCGACAGCCCCAAGUACCCCGGGGAGCAGAAUCACCUCCUGAUCGAGGGCCCCUCGGGGACCGUGUCUCUGCCCUUCAGCUUGAAAGCCAACAGACCGCCCCUGGAAGUGUUAAAAAAAAUAUUCCCCAACCAGAAGCCCACAGUGCUGGAGCUGAUCCUGAAGGGCUGCGGGGGCGACCUGGUGAGCGCCGUGGAGGUCCUGCUCUCCAGCCGCUCCUCCAGCUUGGCCGCGGACCGAACUGCGGCAGAGCCCGAGGGCCUGGUGCUGCCCUCCAAUGGGCACAUCUUCGAACACACCUUGAGCUCCUACCCCAUCUCCUCUUCCAAAUGGUCCGUGGGCUCGGCCUUCAGAGUCCCAGACACGUUGAGGUUUUCCGCCGACUCCAGUAACGUGGUCCCCGGCCCCCUGGCCGUGCCCCUGCAGCACCCGUUCCCCCAGCCCCCCCGGUACCCUCUGAUGCUGAGGAAUACUUUGGCGAGAAACCAGUCGAGCCCCUUCCUGCCCAACGAUGUCACCCUGUGGAACACCAUGACGUUGCAGCAACAGUACCAGCUGAGGUCCCAGUACGUCAGCCCUUUCCCCACUAACUCUACCAGCGUCUUCAGAAGCUCACCUGUCCUCCCCACCCGCGUCCCCGAAGACCCUCGGAUCCCCAUCCCUGACGAUGGCUGUCCCAUCGUGUCAAAGCAGUCCAUUUACGCCGAGGACGACUACGACGAGAGGUCUGACUCCUCAGACUCUAGAAUACUCAACACAUCAUCUUAAAGUGCUACCCGAUGGGUGGUGACCAGGUGACAGUUUCUGUGCAUUUGAACCCUGGCCCCGCUUUGAGGAGAGGCCACCUCCUGUGUAUACCUUUUCCUUCCGUUUCACAAAGUGACUGUGCUUGA